GUCAGAACCUCACCACAAUAGUACGUUGCCUAUGCAUCCAGGUACCUCGACGCUGCCUUCUGUUCUUCUGACAUACUCCUAGGGGGCGGUACAGGCGCUUCAGGUAAGUUGUACAGCCUAGAGAACUCUGUAGCACGGUGUCAGUUUCAAUAUUAGGUGCUUUCUUAAUGAAUACAUCUUCUUACAAUGUUGAAUAAACCUUGUACUAUUUUAUAACAGUUUUAUUUCUUAAAACGAUAGGAGUGAUUUAAAAGUUGAAAGUAGAAUCAUGUCUAACUUCCAUUCAGCCUUCUUUCGGUUUGUUAUGGAGAAUCCAAUCCCAUGGCUGACUUAUUCUUUCACAGGUAUAUUGAUCAUUAAACGAAAAUUUGUAACAAACUCCGACCCUGGAAACUGUGGCGGAGGAUCUGAGAACUACCGUGUAGAUGACGACAAAGGUGAACUGGGGAUGUCCACCAUUAUGGAGUCCAUAAGGACGGGCUUAGUGCUCCAAUUAAAAGAGGCUAUAGGAACAGAAAUGAUAGAAUCAAAAAAUAAAGAAAUUUGUCAACGAGCCAUGGAUAGAUGGCGCCACAAUCCCUACCUGCUCCAAUUGGGUCCCAGGUCUCAAAAAACGAUACCGAUGUUUUCCUUCUUGGUAAUUCAUCCUGAGAGCAAAACCUUCCUGCAUCAUAACUUUGUUGCCAUAUUGCUUAAUGAUCUGUACGGCAUACAAGCAUAUGGCGGCUGUGGGAACGCUGGGCCUUAUAUGGAGGACCUGCUAGAAAUCGACGACGAAUUAUCAAGAAAAUUGAAUAAAAAAUUGACCGAAGAGAAAAUACGAACGGGAUGUACGAGUGUAUAUAUUUCCUACGUAUUGCCAAAUCAUACCGUGGACUUUGUGCUAGGAGCAGUGGAUCAAGUUGCCAAGCACGGGUGGAAGUUACUCCCUCUGUACGAGUACAACACCAGCCUAGGGGUGUGGAAACACCGCCACUUUCAGUUCAGCUUAGACUCCUUGAAGGACAUACGUUAUAAAUUGGGAGGCAUGAAAGUAAACAACAACUCCAUCUCGCAGCAUUUCCGAGCUGGCAAAGAGACACUCAGGGAGAUUUUGGCCGAGACUUCAAGCAUUUUUGAGGAGGCGUAUCUUAUUUGUAAGAACAGUGAUGCAGAAGGUGACCCAAAGUUGGAUAUUGAAGAGGAGCAGCGUGACCUGAUUUGGUUCCUACAGCCAUCGCAAGCACUGCGCAUGCUCAAAUCAAAGACUCCGCGCCAACCAAUCAAAUUGGAGGAACUUGUGGACUUUGUUUUCUUUCCAAGAACUUUUGUUUCGGAUGAAGAAGAGAAUGCCAUCAGAGCAAGCUUCGUUACAAGUCCAGGAAACGACAGCGGUAAUGCUGGCACGGACUCCGACACCACCUCAGACUCUCUGACGGACGAGGAAGAGGAGGACGAGGAACGCCCUAGGUCUAAUUACAAACCAGUAAUGACGAGUUUUCUGGAGAGUAGAUUGCGCCAAAACUCUGCGCGCGCACCCGACAGUCCCGUAGAAACUCGUGACGUCGCGCCACCAGACGAUACUCAGGAGUCGAAAAACUCGAAAACUAAAAAACCUGUGAUCAAACCAAAGAACUACAAAAAACACGUGCAGAGGAUGCUCAGUUAUGGCUACCUGACGCGGUACAAUGUAAGGAAGGAAUAUAACAGCAGUCCUGAAGUCAUGAACAGUUUUACCAGAUUACCACCGAUUAAUAAGCAAGAUAAACGAACUAAUAUUUCCAAAUCAUGACAUAUUAACUUAAAUCAGUGGCCCAUUUCACGAAUUUAUAUGUAUAUGUUUUCCGUUUGGGUAUCGCUGGC